CUUGUUGUCAAUAGAUGGCACCAUUCGUAUCAUUUUGAGCCGCAGAGAACAUUCCGUUAUUGUUAGAUGGCACCACUUGCAUCGCUUUGCAUCGAAGGAAGUAUUUAGUUACGUGCGGAAUUUCGAGUGUAAAAGAUGGGUCUAGCCAGACAUGCUCAGUUCCUCAGCCGUACCAUUUUUGUGCAGAACAACGAUGUGGACAAGGCAUGUCACAUGUUAAGUCGAAUAUUGCACAAGGAGGAUAUCUUAGGCCAAUAUAGACGCACCAGGUAUUUUGAGAAACCAACUCAGGUCAGGCGCAGAAUCAACUUUGAGAAAUGCAAAGCAAUUUACACCGAAGACAUGGCCAGAAAGAUUGAGUUUCUUCUUCGAAAGAACAGAGUCGAUCCUUAUCCUGGUGCAUCGUAAGCGAGAUUAUGGAUUCUAUUUUAAAUUAUACAAUUAUAUGGAAACUAUACCUGAUAAUUAACCCAUAAUCUACUUAGAAAUAUCAGUACUAUAAAUAUAAAAAAUAUUCUGUCACAUGCUGUUAACGCUAGUUAUUUCAAUUAUCUUUAUUUCACAUAUAUGCCAUGUAAAUUGGCUCAAAUAACACAGAUAUUAUCUUA